AGACUUUGGACACUGGAGACUUAUGCAUGCACAGAUGUGUCUUAUUUUGUCUUGAGGAGUGUGUAAGAGGUGACUGGUAACGCUGACUUGUAGGCUAAUCCCUUCAGGAACGAAUCAUCACAGAAUCUAACAAGAGCCAUGUGGGUUGUCCUGACCUUGCUGCUAGCCCUCUCCAGUGGCGCUCUGUCUCUGGACAAACUCAACAUGUGUAUGGACGCCAAACACCACAAAGUAGAACCUGGUCCUGAGGGACAACUUUACCUCCAGUGUGCUCCCUGGCGUGAGAAUGCAUGCUGUAUGGCCAACACCACCGAAGAAGCCCACAGCGAUAACUCCUACCUGUACAACUUCAACUGGAAUCACUGUGGUGUCAUGAGCCCCCAGUGCAAGAAACAUUUCAUCCAGGACACGUGCUUCUAUGAGUGCUCACCACAUCUGGGGCCCUGGAUACAACAAGUGGAUCAGAGCUGGCGUAAGGAGCGUAUCGUGGAUGUGCCUCUGUGUAAGGAGGACUGCCACACAUGGUGGGAAGACUGCAAGAAUGAUUUCACCUGCAAGACUGACUGGCACAAGGGAUGGGACUGGAGCACAGGUGUUAACAAAUGCCCUACAAACAGCAAGUGCAGAAAGUGGACUGACGUUUACCCCACACCCAAGUCCAUGUGUGAACAAAUCUGGUCCAAUUCCUACCUUUACACCACCCACACCAACACCUCAGGCCGCUGCAUGCAGCUCUGGUUCACUGGGGCGAACCCAAACAGGAAGGUAGCUGAGUACUACCUAAACAACGCACAGCAACGCCAAGGCUCUGCCCUGACAUCGCUACUUCUCCUGGCUUUUUCAUCUUUCUCUGCUAUGAUGUACUGAAAUAACACCCUAGACCUAUCCUGUGUCAAUCUUGGAA